AUGUUCGCACCUCAGUCCUCUGAGAUGAUCCGUAAGGACAGCGCCACAUCGAACGAUGAGCGCCAGAUCCUCCAGAAUGCUGCCGCCAGCGCACAGUUCUUCCCAUCGUCAAAGUCCAACACUGUCUUGAACCCCUUCGGUUCAGAGUUCACCCCUAGCAAGGGCUUCUCCGUUGCCAAGGACAAGGAAAAGGACAACUCCAGUUCUUCUUCCAGCAUCCUUUACACCCCUGCCAAGGGCAGCGCCAUGAAGCUCCUUAACAUUGGUUCUACUCCCGACGGACCUUCUACCAAGGCCUCAUCAGUGUCGCCGGUCAAGCCCAUUGGUUCUGGCUUCUCGUCGCCCACUCGCCAGCCAUCACUCAAGGAUGGCCCUGUCUUCAGCACUGAUACCGAUCCUAACGUCGCCGAGACUCGCUUUGUUCGUUUCGGUAAGAUUCCCGCCGAAUGGUUCGAGCAGGGCACUCUCCACGAAACCGGCUUGACCAAUGUGUUCGAACGUUGUGUUAUCGCUGGUGAUGAUACCCCUGAUUGCAUCUCUAUCUACUGUCGCUUCGACGACUUGCGUGCCGCCCCCGUCUCCAAGGACAUGCUCGAGAGUGCCCUUACCACUGUCAGCUUCGCAUUCGUCGACCACCAUGAGUACUUCAGUCAUGACCACACCCACCCCCGUGCCCAGGCUGUCUCAGCCUACGAUGGUCAGGUUGAGUUCACGGCUACUCCUAAGAGCAUGAUGGACUUCAACAUCAACUCCAUCUACGCCGAAGUUCGUCAGUUUGCCGAAGCAUUUGGCAACGUUCGUUCGUUCGCCUACAUUGAGAGCAAGGGGUUCCAGGCCCCUCGUUUCCGCGCUGAGUUCUUCUCAGUCAACGCGGCCGAGAAUGCGGUUGCAGUCUCAACCCAGAAUGAUUCUGCUUGCUUCUCCGUAAGUACUUNNGACUCUCUCACCGUAUCAGUCAAGGAAUUCGCGCCUCCAGGCUACAUGCGCUACAUGCACCCUGCUGCCUCUAUGAGUCAGAUCGUGGAUGCUACUCAGGAUCUUGCCGUCUCUGGCGAGUCUGAUGAUGGCUACAACAACUACUCCACUCACCGCUCCAGAGGUGACUACUCGGGAAACUCCCGUGGUAACUAUGGUCCUCGCCGUGGCCGUGGCGGCUACCGUAGCUCCGUCCCUCGCAGCCCUCAGUCUGCCUGGUGGGUUCCCUCCGACGACUCUCCUGUUCACCAGACCGACAUGGAGUACUGGAAGUUUAACCAGCCUCAGACAGUCAACCUGAAGAAGAUUGAGGCAGGAAUUGAUGUUCGCACCACCGUUAUGCUUCGCAACAUUCCCAACCGCGUCGACUUUGAGGNNGACUUGAAGCUCUUCCUUGAUGCCACUUCUGAAGGUCACUACGACUUCUCCUACCUGCGCAUUGACUUCUCGAACAACCUCAACGUUGGCUACGCCUUCGUUAACUUCGUGCGCCCUGAGUUCAUCAUCAACUUCGUGGAGCAGCGUGUUAACAAGGAGUGGAACAUGUACGGCUCCUUGAAGAAGUGCGAGGUCUCGUAUGCCACCAUUCAGGGUAUCGACUGUCUGCUCGCCAAGUUCCGCAACUCUGUCGUCAUGGAGGAGAUCCCUCGCUACCGCCCCAAGCUCUGGUACCACGUCGACUCCACUGACUUGCCUACUAUUGGUGGCAUUCCCGACAUCAACGCCAUCGGCACUGAGGCCGCUUUCCCUCCUCCUAACAACGAGCAGAAGCGCAAGCGCUCCAGAGACAACGCCGGCACCAUCGGACUGUUCCCUCCUCGUCGUGGCAGAGGCCCCUACGGACCUGGUUCUCACUUCCGUGAGGGUCAGUACGACCGCGGCACGUCCUUCGCUAUUGAGGAGGAGCGUCUGCACGAGGAGCAGCGUCAGCUCCGCUUCAAUGAGCGUCGCCUUAUCGGCUUCCGUGGCAAUGCCCGCGGUCAGCGUCCUGGCCUGCGCAACGGUAGAAACCAGCACUCUCGUUACCGUGGCGGUUUCGAGGACGAGGAGGAGGAUUACUUCGAUGAGGAGGACACCUACUUCCGUGGCAACUACCGCUCUCACUACCGUCGUUGA